AUGGCUUCCCUCCAGUUCCCCCACACUGCCGGCAUUAUCCGCGCAUCAAACACCCUAUCAACACGUGGAACGGAUCAAAAUACAUCUGGAAGCUCACGCCACACAUCGCGACCAGUUCGCCCACCAGUCCCGCUAUUUGCAGAGAGCACACCCGGUAUUACACAAUCUGAUUCUGCGAACAUGAAUAUCGCGGACUUCGCGGAAUUUACAGGGUUCGAGGGUGGGGCAUCCACUGCCUACUCGUCGCCCAGCGCCCCUUCGGUAUUCGAUAUGCCAAGUGGAUCCCACAACAUUGGUACUGUUUCACCGCAGGACCUCUUAAUUCAGGAUCCAUACAUGUCCGCGCCGAAUUCAACGGCAUUCACCGCCUUGACAUCGCCUUCGCCAUUCGAAUCGCCAGAAUAUAUUGAUGGCUACGAAGUGUCGCCAAACUUUGGGGGCUCUGGAGAAUUCGAUGUGGCUAGCAACCAGUGGUUCUCACUUUUCCCUGACCAGAACGCGAGUGUCGAGACACAGGGGGCGGAGCAGCCGCUUGGGCACAAUGUUCAGAACAGCUUGGCAAGCGGGUCCCCCCGCCGUAAGUCGAGUGCCUCGCCUGCUACUGGGCGGCACUCGUCGGUGGCUGGCGUCAACGCGAGGAAACGAGACAAGCCUCUGCCACCCAUCGUUGUUGAUAAUCCGGAUGACGUUGUGGCGAUGAAGCGCGCUCGCAACACUCUGGCAGCCCGUAAGUCUCGAGAGCGUAAAAUGCAGCGGUUCGAGGAUCUGGAGGAAAAGAUUCGCAAGUUGGAGGCGGAACGUGAUCACUGGAAGACGAUGGCUUUGGGUCAGUCGACCACCGACUAAAGUUUUUUUGCAUUCCGAGUUUAGGGGGAACUGGAGUUUUACU